ACACCUAAAUUUUGAAUUUCCAAAAUCAAUAUGAAAUUCCUGAGUGUUGGAUCCUUUUUGGCAUUGUCCGGUUUAGCAGCUGCUGGUAGCUUGCAUCAUGGCGGAUCAAGCAGUUAUAGCACGGUAGUCAAUCAUGGUGAUGGUUAUCAUGGUCAGGGUUGGUCGGGACAUGGUGGUGCCGGUUAUGACGGCCAUGGCGGAGUUUCGUAUAGCCAUAGUAGUGCUGAUUAUGGUCAUGGUGGUGCUGGAUAUGGUCAUGGUGGUGCUGGAUAUGGUCAUGGUGGUGCUGGAUAUGGUCAUGGCGAUGCUGCUAGUUAUGGCCAUGGUGGCUGGGAUCACCAAGAUUAUCAUUCAUAUCCCCAAUACCAAUUUGAAUAUGGUGUGCAGGACUCUAAGACUGGCGAUAACAAGAACCAAUGGGAACAGCGGGAUGGUGAUAACGUAAAGGGUAGUUACACCUUAAAGGAAGCCGAUGGCACCACUCGUGUGGUGGAUUAUCAUGCUGAUGAUCACCAUGGUUUCAAUGCUGUGGUCAAGAAGUUGGGUCAGGCAAAUCAUGCUGAAAGCUAUCACAGCCAUGGUGGCUGGAAAGGUGCCUAUGGAGGUCAUGGUUAUGGUCAUGGCUAUGGUCAUGGUUAUGGUCAUGCCACCAGUUAUGCCAAAGUCAAUUUGCAUUAAUUAAAUGACAAUGGA